CCAUUGAAAAAUUCACCGGCGCUGCGGGCGUGAGUAACUUUCUCUGCUCACCCAACAGCUGACGAUGACUCCUCUUCCUCGGUGAAACUCCCACAGCGCCGCCGAGCGAGGAGCGACGCUUCCGGGUUGCGAUCCGCAGCGGGACCCACGUGCGACGCCACCGACCCGGAGAGAGCGGGGCGCUAGGGGCGUGACCUUAGGGGCGUGCCCCGCGGCGGCUCCUUGCCUGGCACUCGGCUUCGCCCCUCCAGUGCGCCGGACAGCUCAGCCCCAGCAUGGAGACGGGCCCCCUCCUCGCCCUGCCGCCCGACAAAGCAGAGCUCCUGCCUGAGCUGGAUUUCUGCCUAGAGCAGGGCCCCGGGCUGGCCAGACCCCAAGACGCUCUGGCUCUCAACAGGGAGGGUGACCCACGAGUGCUCAGUGAGCCUGUCAUCUCCAACCAGCACGACUCAGAGGAGAUCGUCACCUACAUCUCAGAGAGCAUGACGGUGACCUCGGCUGACGAGGAGAAGCUGCUGCUGCUCAACAAGAACACGGAGCUGCGGCGCAUCAACAAGGAGCUCAUGAAGCUAAAUCAGGAGUGGGACCAAAUUUACCAUACCACUACCCUGGGGCUGCAGCAGAAGAUGGGGGCCCUGCAGCAGGAGGUGGUUAUCCUCAAGCAGCAGACGGAGAGGCUCUCCAUGAAGCUUGAGCACGAACAGAACAAGAGGGAGUACUACGAACAAACCCUCAUCCAGGAGCUCAAGAAGAACCAGCAUUUACAGGAGUACGUGAGGCAGCUAGAAGGCAGACAGCACCAUGGCAGGGAGAAGAGGACCUCGGCUGGCUCUGAGGUAUUGGUAUCUGUGCCCUGGGAGGAAUUUGUAGAUGCCCAGUUCCCACUUCCCAGGAAGAACUUGAAGGAGAAUUCACCCAAAAAGCACGAAGAAGCCAGUCAGAAAGUGCAAGGGGGUGAGACCUACAAGCCCAGGAAGUGCAAGCACUUGGCCCAGGUGAAUAAUAGCUCGGAUCCUGGGAAAGAGGUGACUGACCUGAAGGACCAGCUGGAGGCCUUGAAAUGCCAGACAGAAAUUUAUGAGGCGGAUUACAGGACGGAACAUAAGGACCGGGAGCGAAUCAAAGCAGAGAAUGAGAAGCUACGGAAGAAGGAGGAGGAGAUGAGGCAGCAGAUGGCACUUCUGCAAGAGCAACUUAAGAUCUUUGAGGAUGACUUCAGGAAGGAGCGGUCGGACAAGCAGCUGCUUCAGCGCCUCCUGAAGAGCAAGGCCAGCCCCAAGGAGCCCAUCCUUGUUCAUCGCUGCAACAGCCAGGAGAGGCCAGUGGUACCCGCCUCACCUGCGCACUCCACUUCCUCCACAUCCAAACGAGGCAACUGCAGCAAGCACUGUGAGAAGCACAGCCACAAGCAGGGAGAGUGUGCCAAGCACCACUCGCGGGAUGCUGAGGUGCAGGCAUCCCCAUUCAGCAGAGACUACUAGGAAGAAGAGACAUACAUCUUCCAGGCAGUACUUCUUAAGCUAACGUACAUGGUCUCUCCAGCAGCCAUCUGCUGCUGGGUGCAUGUCUCCAGCCACAGGAACCAGCACUGCUCUUCUGCAGAGGCCAUCGAGAUGCUUUCAACACCAUAGAUGCUUUCAGCAGCCACGCCUUCCAUUGGUUAUAGCUCAGACCAAUCAGGGCUUGAGGUUUCGGCAGCCCCGUAGAGCAGAAGCCCAAGUUAAUUUACUUGCUUCCUCCCUAUUUUUCUCCAAGCUACUGAAAUAAGAAUGGAAGGUUUGUACCUGGAUUGGAGCUCAUCUCUUAGAGCCAUCCAAGCAGCUUCACCUUGCUCCUGGGCAUCACCUGCUUAAAUCCACCUUGCAAGUAAUUCUGGGGCAGGGAAAGCAGCACAUGUGUUGCCCCCCACAUCAAGAAGAGUGUUGAGAACAAAAGGCCCUUGGACGCUGUGGGAGUGAUUUUAGUGUCUGAAAAGGGCUCACCCCACCCUAUCCCACCUUGAGUCCUUAACUGUAAGUCAUCCUAUAUUCUAGCAGUGCUUCCCAGUGCAGCUGCUGCUCCAGCAAAGAGUUUUUCAGUGCUUUAUCCAGUUUCUCACGGGAUUUCAGCAGCUCCCCACUGCAGCCUUAAACUCAGCCAGCAAGGACUGGGGACAACUGUUACCUUUAUUUAUUUUAACCAAUUUCCUGGAUCCCAUAGAGUUGGUACUUAUAUAUAUAAGUGAUUUAAAAUAAAUACAAAUGCCUUCAUUUCUUCUGCUUUCUAUUUGCUUGUAAGAUACAAGAGUAAAGACAUUCUUCCCUUCAUUAACAAACAGUUGUGGAUUUAGGAACCAGCUCCACAGCACUGGAGAUAGAUGCUAUUUACCUACAAUGGAAGCAAAGCAUGGUCAGCAGCAGGGCAAACUUCCCCAAGCCUGCCCCGAACAGUCCCCUGCUAGGGGAGAAUUCCGGCUGCAUGGCCUCUCUCUGCCUCCUAAAGAAGUGGUCAGCAGGCAGCUAGUUGUGGCCACACUAGUCUGUUUGUGAGGUAGACUGUUGUCCAUUAGGAACUGGACUGAGAACAACUAGUUACAGACUUGGGUUGGCUAGGUCCAGACCACUGACCUAUGGCUAAAAGCCCCAAAUUCCACUAAGGCAUUUAAAAUCCUGUUUGAGGCAGAUCAGGCUCUCGUGAUCCUAAGUACUGCUAACAGCUGAACCAGUUAACUUUGAAUGGCAGCCACUGACUGGGCAAGGUUACCUGCUUUCCAAAGCAAUGCCAGGAGGAUUUUAUUCAAUGUUAUUUGUGACACACAAGAUAUGCAUGUGCUUACAAGAUGAAUGGACAUCUCUACUCAGAUACCACAGUGAUAAAGCAUCAUUGACCUUGGUGUCAAGUGUGUCUCAACCUUGAGUUGCAUCAUAGCCCAGCACCUCCCAUUAACGGUUGGCAAGGUUCAGUUUUCCUGAAUGCCAUCUUCCUUUGCUAGUCAGCAACAUAAGAACGGCCAUACUGGUUCAGAUCCAUGGUCCAUCUAGCCCAGUAUCCUGUUUCCCAACAGUGGCCAAUGCCAGGUGCCCCAGAGUGAAUGAACAGAACAGGUAAUCAUCAAACAAUCCAUCCCGUCACUCAUUCCCAGCUUCUGGCAACAAGGGACACGUCAGAGCAUGGUUUUACAUCCCUGCCAAUCCUGACUAUUAGCCAUUGAUAGACCUAGCACCACUAA